AGCCUGCUCUCAGCUGUCAAAGAGCAUUCACUCUGAAGUGCAGGCACAAGCAGGAUCUGUGUGUCUGUGUUUGCUUUAUGUGUCACUGCAGCUCUCGCCCAAACCUCCACAUUUUAGAGGACUUUGUGUUCUCAACUACAAGAUCUGCAAUAUAAUUAGCAAAGGAGGAAUUCCAGAUCCUCUGAUACCUGGCUUUUUUCUUUUGAUUCUCUUCUAUUUCCUCCUUCCUGCUUUAAUGCCCACGGUAGUGCGGACAGGGCCAGAGGAGGAUGGGUCCAGCUGUGGACGCUCAGGCAGCAAAAGCCAUGGAUGCAGAGCAAAAGCAGCAGCAGCAGCAGCACCAGCAGAGCUACAUGGAGAAAGGGGUGAUGCUUGAGCCCUUCCUACACCAAGUGGGGGGACACUGCUGUGUGCUGCGCCUCGGGGAGCAGACCAUCUGCAAACCCCUCAUCACACGUGAACAUCAGUUCUACGAGAGUGUGCCUGCUGAAUUGAGGAAGUUUAUCCCACAGUAUAGAGGGGUGGUGUCAGUGAGCUUCGAGGAGGAUGAAGAAGGGAACCUUUGCUUCAUUGCUUACCCACUUCAGAGUGACACAUCGCCUAAUCUGGAAAACAAGGACUCCUCAGCCGACAUUCAUUUGGGGAUGCUUAUAUGGGAGAAAAUGAUAGCCUCCUCGUCGCUUGUGGACAGUGAAAAUUACAGCAAAGAUGGCAGAGGCCGCCUCUCUUGUAACGACAAGGACAAAAGCGUUCAGAGGCUGAAGGAGGAGAUCGAGGUGCUCUGCUACAGACUGGACAGCAGUCACAGUAACGCCGUACCACAGCACAAACACAACCCCUGGACACACACAAGUAAACAUCACCAGCUGCAGAAGUUGGAGCAGAGUGACAUGCACCGCAACCAAUACAAAUUCAUCCUGCUGGAGAACCUGACGUGGCGGCACACGUUACCGUGUGUGUUGGACCUAAAGAUGGGCAUUCAGCAGCAUGGAGACGAUGUCACCGAGGAAAAAAAGGCCAGGAAGAUUUAUAAGUGUCAGCAGAGCACAGUGUCCGUGUUAGGAGUCGUCCUCUCUGGCAUGCAGGUGUACCGGUGUGACACGGGCCAGCUGAUGUUCAUGAACAAGUUCCACGGCCGCAGUCUGACUGUGCCGGGCUUUAAGGAGGCUUUGUUCCAGUUCUUCCACAGCGGACAGCGUCUACGACUUGAACUCCUCUCCCCUGUCAUACGCAGGCUCCGAGAGCUACAAGCCGCCCUGGAAACCUGCGAAUCCUACCGCUUCUACUCCAGCUCCUUGCUCAUUAUCUACGACGGAGCGCCCCAGCCAAAGCACACCGUGGACGGCCUCUCUGAGGAAGAGGAUGAGGACGAGGAGGUGGAACCAGGAAUGGAGGAAGAGAAGAGGGAAGGUGAAGCAGCAGGUGCAUUUGGUUUCCCACGCAGGCCCUCCACAUCUAGCGAUGGCAGCAGCAGGGAUGGGGGCUCAUGUGUCGACCAGGCUAACUCAGAGCCCCGGAGCCCCAUGGUGGAGGUGAGAAUGAUAGACUUUGCCCACACAACCUGUAGCCAUUACCAGGGGGACAGUGUGGUGUACGAGGGCCUGGACAGUGGCUACAUCUUCGGCCUCCAGAACUUGAUCACCAUCAUCUCCGAACUGGAGAACCACAGCACAGACUGACGACACAACACACACACACAUUCAGACACAGAAGCACAGAGGAAAACGAGGAGGACUGCACUACAGAGAGAGAUUUCUCCUCUUGAAAUAACAUCUUAUUGUAGCAGACAUUUUAUUCGAACCACAUCCUGUUUUUGCUCUUGGUGCUCCUCAAUGUUCCUGUUGUAUGUUUCCAUCUUUGGGAGAUGAAAAAGAAAUGCACUUAACAUAGACAAGCCAUCUGUUUGACCGAUGCAGUGAUUUACUUAUUGUCAUAAUUCUGUCUAAUUCGGUCUGGGACAAAAGUUUAUGCAGCAUAAAAAGCAGAUAAGAGUCUCAGGAGAGAAGGAAUGUUUUUGUUAUGUCGGAUCCAAAGAACGCAUCAGCAUUUAGCACAAAAACACUUUAUGAUGAAGAAGGACUUGAAGGGGUGUGUUUGUUGCCUGUUAAUUCUGCCAUCCUCUUUUCCCAGCUCGUCUUCACUCAAAGAGAUUAUUUUAGGUAUAAGGGAAAGAUGAUAUAAAAGUUUUGCAUUAUCUGACAUGUUUCAUAAAAUAAACAGAACGUCUAAAAAAAACAAAAACGUGUACUACAUUCCAUGUUGUUCCAUGUCAUAACAAUAAUACUUAUUAAUAUUGUUACUUGACAUGUUUGGAUACCUCUAUCUUGUAUGUGUGUGGUCUGAAAGGGAAGAAAAUAAAGACUUACUGUCAAUA